UUUCAGAGACUACUGAGACUUGCAUGUGAACAGGAUAAACUAGCUUUGAAGUUCACCGAAAUAGUUGACCAAAUUAUGAAAAAACACACAGGCAGUGGUGUGAAGACAUUCAAGCUUGAAUGCUGUGGUUCUCGUAUCUACGCCAGUCGUCUCAAGAGUUGGCUUAAGAUUGCUGUUAAUCCACAGCUUGAAGAACUUGUAGUUUCGCUGCCUGUAGUAUACGAUGCAAAGCACUACAACUUUCCCUGCCCACUUUUAUUCAAUGGAAGUGGAAAGUCAAUUAGCUAUCUAAAACCCAAAGGCUGUGCCUUCCAUCCCAUGGCUGGACUUGGUUGCUUGAGAAAGCUGCAUCUGUCUGAGGUACAUAUUACAGGGGAGGAUUUAGGGUGCCUUCUUUCCAAUUCUUUUGUUUUGGAGGAGCUGGAUCUUAGCAAAUGCAAUAAGAUCACUUGCCUGAAGAUACCGUCCCUGCUAAACCAGUUCAACCACCUGACAGUGUUUGGAUGCAAAACACUGGAACUGAUAGAGAACAAAGCUCCGAAUCUUUGCACAGUUCGUAUUGAUACUACUCCCGUACGACUUCCAUUUGGAGAUUCAUUGCGAGUGAAGAACCUAGAGAUGUUGUGGCCCUUUGAGUAUAACCUCGUUUAUUAUGCCCGUGCCGAGCUUCCUCGGAUUAUGCCAAAUCUUGAAACUCUUGGCAUUUCUUCAGCUGGUGAGGUUCUUGAUACACCAAAUUUAGCUGCCAAAUUCCUGCACCUCAAGCUACUGGAGAUCUGUCUUUCUGUUGAAGAAGGGGCCUUUUCCCCAGCUUAUGAUUAUUGUUCUCUAGCUUUUCUCCUAGAUGCUUGUCCUGUGUUGGAAACUUUCUCAUUGUCUGUAUGGCAGUCUCGCAUGAAGCAUGAUCCUGUAUCUGGGGAUUCCUCGCUUCUCAGAAAGAUGCCAGGACAGCACCACGUCAGCAUCAAGAACGUGAAGAUCGAUGGCUUUUGCUCUGCAAAGAGCAUGGUUGAGCUAACAUGCCAUAUUCUUGACAAUGCAACAUCACUUGAGAAUCUUAAACUGGACCCCAUAUAUAGUGCUGGUUAUGAACAUGUUGAUAGGUUAGCUGUCCACAAAAUUGGUGGUUGCAGCCCUCCUACGGGACAGCGUAUGAUCAGAGAAGCCCACAAAGCAGUUUUGGCUACCGAACAAUACAUUGUGGGGAAGGUCCCCUCUAAUGUUAAGCUAAAUAUCAGGAAGUCAUGCAGUCAGUGCCAUUGUGUCAAAUGGUUGUAA